CAGAUGACUGUCCUCUGCCCCAUGCUGCUGUAGGCGCUCCAGGCUUGGGGCUGGCCUGUAGGGAAAAGAUGGAUUCCAAAGACGAAAGCUCACACGUGUGGCCGACGUCAGCAGAUCAUGAACAGAAUACUGCACAGGUGCACUUUGUUCCCGAUGCCGGAACGGUGGCUCAGAUCGUCUACACCGACGACCAGGUUCGCCCACCCCAGCAGGUGGUGUACACGGCAGACGGUGCCUCCUACACUUCAGUGGAUGGUCCGGAGCACACGCUGGUGUACAUCCAUCCUGUGGAAGCUGCGCAGACUCUGUUUACAGACCCAGGCCAGGUAGCGUAUGUCCAACAGGAUGCUACAGCUCAGCAGGCCUCAUUACCGGUGCACAACCAGGUGCUACCUUCGAUCGAGAGUGUGGAUGGUUCCGACCCUUUGGCAACUCUGCAGACCCCCAUAGGUAGACUGGAGGCAAAAGAAGAAGAGGAUGAGGAUGAGGAUGAGGACACCGAGGAAGAUGAGGAAGAAGAUGGUGAAGACACGGAUCUGGAUGACUGGGAGCCAGACCCGCCCCGGCCCUUUGACCCGCACGACUUAUGGUGUGAGGAGUGUAAUAAUGCACAUUCUUCAGUGUGCCCAAAGCAUGGCCCCUUGCAUCCGAUCCCCAACCGGCCUGUGCUCACUCGAGCGAGAGCAAGUCUCCCUCUGGUCCUCUACAUAGACAGGUUCCUUGGAGGAGUGUUCUCCAAAAGGCGUAUUCCCAAGCGCACGCAGUUCGGCCCUGUGGAGGGACCCCUCGUGAGGGGGUCCGAGCUGAAAGACUGUUACAUUCAUCUGAAGGUUUCUCUUGAUAAAGGGGACAGAAAAGACAGGGAUUUGCAUGAAGACCUAUGGUUUGAGUUGUCUGAUGAGACCCUUUGUAACUGGAUGAUGUUUGUACGUCCAGCCCAGAAUCACCUGGAGCAGAACCUGGUGGCUUACCAGUAUGGCCACCAUGUGUAUUAUACAACCAUAAAGAAUGUGGAGCCCAAGCAGGAACUGAAGGUGUGGUAUGCUGCAUCCUAUGCUGAGUUCGUGAACCAGAAAAUUCAUGACAUUUCUGAGGAAGAAAGGAAAGUUCUUCGAGAGCAAGAGAAGAAUUGGCCCUGCUAUGAAUGUAACCGCCGAUUUAUAAGCUCGGAGCAGUUGCAACAGCAUCUUAAUUCUCAUGAUGAGAAACUGGAUGUGUUUAGCAGAACGAGAGGCAGAGGACGAGGACGCGGCAAGAGGCGCUUCGGCCCAGGUCGCCGGCCAGGGCGGCCUCCGAAAUUUAUCCGCCUGGAAAUAACCAGUGAAAAUGGGGAAAAGAGCGACGAUGGGACACAGGACUUGCUACAUUUUCCCACAAAGGAACAGUUUGAUGAGGCUGAACCAGCCACUCUGAACGGGUUGGAUCAACCGGAACAGGCCACUAUCCCAAGCCCUCCGCUGCCACAGGAAACCCAGUCUUCCCUGGAGCGUGAACCAGAAACUCACACCCUGCACCUGCAGCCCCAGCAUGAAGAGAGCGUGGGGCCUGCCCCGAGCACGCUGACGGCGGACGACAUGCGCAGAGCCAAGCGCAUCCGGUUGGAGCUGCAGAAUGCAGCUCUUCAGCAUCUGUUUAUCCGGAAGUCCUUCCGGCCUUUUAAAUGUCUGCAGUGUGGGAAGGCCUUCCGUGAAAAGGACAAACUGGACCAGCACUUGCGCUUCCAUGGGCGGGAGGGGAACUGCCCGCUGACCUGUGAUCUGUGUAACAAGGGCUUCAUCAGCAGCGCGUCUCUGGAGAGCCACAUGAAGCUCCAUUCCGACCAGAAGACUUACUCUUGCAUUUUUUGCCCAGAAUCCUUUGACCGCCUUGAUUUGUUGAAAGAUCACGUGGCCAUUCAUAUCAAUGAUGGCUACUUCACCUGCCCAACUUGUAAGAAACGGUUCCCAGAUUUUAUCCAGGUGAAAAAACACGUGCGCAGCUUCCACUCAGAAAAGAUCUACCAGUGCACAGAGUGUGACAAGGCCUUCUGCCGCCCUGACAAGCUGCGACUCCACAUGCUCCGGCAUUCGGACCGCAAAGACUUUCUGUGUUCCACCUGCGGGAAACAAUUUAAGGUUUAUAAAAGUGCCAGCAAGCGUAAAGCCCAUAUUCUGAAGAACCAUCCGGGAGCUGAGCUCCCACCAAGCAUUCGGAAACUCCGUCCCGCUGGUCCCGGAGAGCCAGACCCCAUGCUGAGCACCCACACCCAGCUGACGGGUACCAUUGCCACCCCGCCCGUCUGCUGCCCCCACUGCUCCAAGCAGUAUAGCAGCAAGACCAAGAUGGUCCAACAUAUUCGAAAGAAGCAUCCAGAGUAUGCCCAGCUCCCCAACACCAUCCAUACGCCAUUGACAACAGCUGUGAUCAGUGCCGCCCCAGCCGUCUUAACCACAGACAGUGCCACUGGAGAGACUGUGGUGACGACAGACCUGCUUACCCAAGCAAUGACAGAGCUGUCCCAGACCUUAACGACGGAUUACCGAACGCCGCAAGGGGACUACCAGAGGAUUCAGUAUAUCCCCGUGUCGCAGUCUGCGUCCAGUCUCCAGCAGCCUCAGCACAUACAGCUUCAAGUGGUGCAGGUGGCCCCGGCCACUUCCCCACACCAGUCCCAGCAGUCCACUGUGGAUGUCGGCCAGCUCCACGACCCUCAGGCCUAUGCCCAGCAUGCCAUCCAAGUGCAGCACAUCCAGGUCAGCGAGCCCCCUGCCUCCACCCCGCCAUCAUCCCAGGUAGCUGGGCAGCCCUUGAGCCCCUCUGCCCAGCAGUCCCAGCAGGGCCUCAGCCCCUCCCACAUGCAAGGCAGCGCUUCCACACAAGGGCAGGCUCUGCAACCGCAGCAGCAGCAGAACUCCUCCGUGCAGCACACGUACCUGCCCAAUGCCUGGAAUUCCUUCCGUGGCUACUCAUCUGAGAUUCAAAUGAUGACACUUCCCCCAGGUCAGUUUGUGAUCACAGAUAGUGGUGUGGCAACUCCAGUUACGGCUGGCCAAGUGAAGGCGGUGACUCCGGGUCAUUAUGUAUUAUCAGAAAGUCAGCCAGAAUUGGAGGAAAAGCAAACGUCUGCCCUCUCCGGUGGAGUGCAGGUUCAGCCAUCUGCACAUAGUGACUCCUUGGACUCCCAGACCACCAGCCAACCACAGACCACACAGUACAUCAUCACCACCACCACCAACGGGAAUGGAAGCAGCGAAGUACAUAUUACUAAACCGUAA